AGUCAGCCACUUCUGAGCUGUGUUGUUUGGUGUAUAACCAGCUGUAUGGAGCAGUAGUAGCUGUCAGUGACUGAUCUCCUCCCCAUGGCCUUUCGUUCCUUUGACUCCGGCUCCUACACUGUGGUUAUCAUCCCGUUCAGAACCAGCUUCUACAGCCUGGAUGCACUUCGCUUCUACCUGUUGAUUAAGCGCAUGAAGGAUCUAGAGAAGGAGAAGGACGCUCUGUGGUCUGGUCUGGAGAUUCUGGAGAAGACUCAUCUCUGGUACCUCCAGCAGCUGGAGGAGAACAGGGCCCAGCAAGACAACAGCAAGACCAAAAUUGGGUUUGGCUCCUGCCAGGAUGGUGCAGCAGAGGUUCGAUCCUGCCUUCUCAGGUCACGUAUCCAGCGAGUUAAUGGUUCCCUGGGCUCUGUGAUGAGUGAACCCAAUGUCAUGAGCAGCGUCAACCCCUCUAUACCUGAAACAGUGGCAGACAGUGACCUCCGAUGGCACAACACAGUAUUGACUAACGAGCUGAGUGACAAGAAUCAUCAGAUCUUCAAGUUGGAAGUGGAAAGAGAUGCUCUCCUUGAAGAGCUCAAUGAACUGCAAGCCUGCUGA